AUGCCUCGCGAGGGUAACGGCACCUCGCCGGACAGCUCUUAUGGGAGGAACCAACUCACGCUCGUUCUCAGUCUCAGCCACUCACUGUCAUUCAGUCAGUUUUUCGUCGUCAAAGAUGGUUUCCUGCUAUAUUACCCUGAGAGUGAGAAGAAGGACUUUGAACGUAAACGAGCUUUUAAUAUCCAUCCAAAGGGUGUGAUACCGCUUGGCAAUGUCACUGUCGAAUCAUUGGAAGAGAUCAACCAAGAAUACUGCAUACAUAUCAAAUUCGAGUCUGGGAACUACAUGGCGCUAGCAGCAGAAACGGCGAUGGCACGCAACAAAUGGGUGGAGGUCCUCACACAGGCUAGUCGUGUAACGUUGCUGAACACAAAGCUGAGUGAGAACAUGAUCGAGGAGCUGGAAAUGCAAGGCCUGCAGUUCUGCAAGGAGCGCGAAGAUUAUCACUGUCAGCUUCAGUCGGAGACAGUCGCACUCAGGGAUGAGAUAACGCGGAACGAGGAGCUUGCGAGGGUGACACUAGAGCUGGAACAGGAGAAGCAAAAGAUGGAGGAGGCGACGUUAGACCUUCAGGGUGAAUGUGAACGCAUCAAGAGUGAGCUGGAGGAUGCAAACGACCAACUGCAGGGCCUGGAGACGGAAAGGACGAAGAUGAAGAACUUGACCUCUGACCUUAAUGCUCAGCUAGAGGCGCUGCGACUGGAGAAGGAGAACACGCUGUCGACGCUGCAUCGUAAGGCGCAGCACACGCAGCAGCUAUCGCAGGAGAACGAGAGCCUCGCGCACGCGACGCAGCAGCUGCGCACCAACCUGCGCGCGAUCGAGGAGCGCAUCACCACGCUGUCGCACACGAAGGAGGACGCCGAGGAGACGUUGCGUAAGAACGAGGAGAUGGCUGAAAUCCUUACACAAGAGAAGCACAACUACAGAGAGCAGGCACAAGAACUGGUGGUCACGCUCAAUGAACUGAUGGAGCAAAAGCAGAUGACGGAGCGGGAUCUGAAGGACGAGAUCGAGGCGAGGAUGGACGCGGAGCGGCGGCUGCACGACGCCGAGCAGUCGCUACGCCACCUAGAGGGGGCGCUGUUCAGGACGCGCGAGAGCAUCACGUCCGAGACCAAGUGCGACAUGAUGACGGACGUGAAGAAGCUGAAGCAGUUCUUUGAAAACGUCGCGACGGAGGCUCAGAUCGACGCGAACAAGCCAAUCAUCAUGAAGAACGCCGUCUACGCGCGCAAGAACUUUGUGCGGCGGGCAAAGACACUGCGUGCGGCCACGCUGCGCCGUUACAAGUCGAAGAGCAUGGGACAGUGCACCGAUAGAUCCAGACUCGCCGCCGAACUCAACUUGGAGAUGUCGAUAUGACAGCGUUCGUACGUUGGUUGGUCACCGAGGCAACGAGCACAUCCCUCUGGACCGAGAACAGUGCCAGAUGAGUUGGUGUAUAGUGUACAUAACCGAUAGUUGUAUCGUGAGGAAUGGGAGCGGCAGGAGUUACGAAGCAACGUCGCACGCGGAGAUACGGACGUGACGGUCAUGGCACGUAGCUGUCCGUUGGUGCUCAUCAGGGGCAGCACCGCACACCGUACGAGUCUCGUGGCCGAGCAUGCAGCGGAGGAGUGACCGCUGACUGUCGCGCGGCCAAGGGAGCGACCGAGCCAUGGUAUAGAUGGCAGCUUGUAGACGUUUCGUGCAACAGCGGUGGUGCGGGACGUCCCCCCGCACGUUCACGAACGUUUGCUCUGUGUUGUUCAUUCGCGUUUGCAUCGAGAACAUUGUUCGCGCAUGCGCGUGAUUGUUCGUGCCUCUCUAUGGAUGCCACUGCCAUCUUCGUCGUCAUCGUCGUCGUCGUCGUCAUCGUCGUCGUCGUCAUCGUCGUCAUCGUCGCCGCCGUCGUCGUCGUCGUCGUUGUCAUCGUUUUCGUCAUCUGAUGAGAGCCAUAGGGCGGCAGGAAGUGCAGACUCCAAAAUCUAGAAAAUCUCCUCCGCGGCUGGAAAACGUCUGUUACGUAAGGGGGGGAAGGCCAGCUACCCGACCACCUUUCCAUGGGGUGUCCUUGCUCAGAGGCCAUGUGUCGCAGUCCUAGUCAUGACUGCCAGGGCAUCGAUUCCAUCCCUCACUCGCCGUCGUCGUUGCUUCGACGCAGUGGCGGGUUGCGCGGCGGACACAUGACCGCAGAGCAGUAAUCGGGAGCGGGUGUGGAGGUUUGAGGUCCUACAAUUGGUCUACGGUGUGAAGGAUUGCUACUGGUCACUGCUGGCAUCUACUAGCUGUUCAUUACUGUUCGUUGCUGCCCAAUAGCUAUCCACUACAGGCCUCCACUAUCAAUUGCUGUCCACUCCUGGCUCCCACUAUCAAUUGCUGUCCACUCCUGGCUCUCACUAUCAAUUGCUGUCCACUCUUGGCCCCCACUAUUAAUUUCUGUCCACUCCUGGCCCCCACCAUCAAUUUCUGUCCACUCCUGGCUCCCACUAUCAAUUGCUGUCCACUCCUGGCACCCACUAUCAAUUGCUGUCCCCUCCUGGCUCCCACUGUUCAUUACCAUCCUCUACUGCAACCCACUGUCCAUUGCUGUCCACUUCUGGCACUCCAUUGUCUAUUGCUAUCCACUAAUGUCCAUUACUGGCUUCCAUUGUCCAUUACUGUCUACCAGUGUCCACUAUGGGCACGGACUCACUGUCCACUACUGACCCCACUGUCCAAUACUGUCUACCAGUGUUCACUACUGACAUGGACUUACUGUCCACUACUGACCCCACUGUCCAAUACUGUCUACCACUGUCCACUACUAGCAACCUCUGAUGACUGUUAAUUACUGGUUAUUACUGUUCACUAUUAUACACUACUGUCUCGAACGUUGGCCCAGCAAUCGCCGGAAUUUUACUCGGUCGCUGUCGCGCAUUUUAUCGCAGAACCGGACUCAUGUCGAGGUCCCGUUGGGCCGCAGCAAGCAAUGCUCUCAUGUUUGUAAAUAUUUUCGCCGAGAGGUGGUGUAAAUGUUUUUUUAGCGGACGGCUCGUCGCGGACCCCUCCCUUGGGCGGGCGUCAGUGAGUGUCAGCUAGGGACAUCGCAGGAGGCAGUCGUUACCGGGAGAACCGAAAAGACUGGGAAGGUGCCCCCCUCCGAUCAUUUUAAAUGUGAGCUUGCGUGGCGCCAUCUAUAUAUAUAUAUAUCGAGCGAUUUACAAAAAUUUGGCGCCGUCUUCCUCCCUGUAUGACGGUCGGAUGGCGGAGGGGAGGCCAAAACAGACGAUUUCUCACGAUUCUGCUUAAUUUAUCGGUGUCGCGUACGCGUGAAGUGCACACACCUGUCGUUAGCGCUGCCGCCGGCUUACACCUGUCUAAACUGUAUUAGAUAAAUGUUUAUCUAGAUGGUUCUGGGCAGUUGUGAGACAAAUAAAAAUAAAUAAAUAUAUA